GAUAAAACUAUAGGGAAAGUGCCUCCCUGUACCACCCGGGAACCCUGUUGCUUGCCGGGCAGCACUUGGACAUUGAGCUUUUUGUGUGAUGCGAGAGUUGUCGUGUGAGGCGAAAGCACCAGAUUUAUCCCGAAGGCGAAGUAACGUAACCAAUGCCUCAAAGAGGAUAAUAAGCAAGACUUUUUUUCCAAGCGUAAAGUUGACGAUUAUCGAGCCUCACAUAAAUAGUAACCAGCACUGCAGCCCUCGAUCUUGACUAAUUUCGCAAAAGGAGGUGUUUCAAACAAGCUACGACGAUGGCUCUCGGAGAAACUAUGAACGAGCAAGAAAGAUUCUUCCUGGAGAAACUCGCCGCAGCGUCCGGGUACCCAGAUUCCCUUUUCUACCAAGACGAGCGACGAGCGGCGCGAAAGGCACGCGCCGAGCAUUAUGCCGAGAGGAAACAUCAAGUCUUUGACGAGGAUCUGGGGAGACGGAAGGGUAACCCGUUGAUCAUCAUUGACUUUGGCACGGGCGGGUCUGCGUCUCCGGCCGAGGCGGCGGGCGAUAUAGAAAUCGACGAGGUUUCCAGUGAGGAGAGGAGUGGAAAGAAGGCCAACUUACACAUCAUACGCAACAUUGAGAAGUUACGAAACAAGCUGUGCUGGCCGGAUCCGAAGCAAGGCACGUGGGAGCCCGGGUACCUCAAGAAGGACCCUCCCCUACGAGUGAUAGCGCAUGUGGCCUACCUCGCUGCUGCUAAACCUCAGCGAAGACGUGCUGCUGGAGAUCCUAACCUACCACCAGAUUCCGGCUCACUUCCUGACCUUCGUCACCAGCGGUGGCGACUCUUGGAGCUUCGCCAGCAGCAUGAGCUUCGCGGGCUUCAAAGGCUGUACGAAGACCCUCUCGGACCCUGGUCAACAGCAGCCCACCAGCUUGGCGGUGCUGGGUCGCAGUGGUAG